AUCAGUGAGUGGAUAAUCAGUGAGUGGAUAAUCUGUGAGUGGAUAAUCUGUGAGUGGAUAAUCUGUGAGUGGAUAAUCUGUGAGUGGAUAAUCUGUGAGUGGAUAAUCUGUGAGUGGAUAAUCUACGACUCGUGUAAAAUGCUGACACUGCUCACCUCCCUCCUCCUCCUGACCUCCAGUGUCAAGGUCGUGUGUGAGAUUGAGUUUAUAGCUGAAAGAUUACCACUGCAGGGCAACCGACCAGUCGCAGGCUCCCCAUGGCCACAGCCAAAAACUUGGACACGGGUCAACGAGACAUUGACCUUCAACCCUGACCAGUUGACCCUCGUGACGAACGUGUCAUGUGACCUGAUCGAGCAUGCGUACUCAAGGCUGUCUGACCGUCUGAAAACAAUCUCCGCAUCUGUUGGUGGGUCAAGCGUGACCCCGCCCAGUACAGGGUCAAGGUUACGAGUUUUCCUGCAGCCGAAGAAUAAGAGUUGUCCCGGAUACCCCCGGCACGGCAUGGCAGAAGAUUAUAGCAUUUUCAUCACGGACAAUGUAACCAUUUCAUCCACUGAAAUCUGGGGCCUAAUCUGGGCGCUAGAGACUUUAAGCCAGCUCAUGUAUAUGAUAGAUGGGAAGUGGUACAUCAACAAAGGGACUGUACUCGACAAGCCAAGGUUCUCAUAUCGUGGUCUUCAUCUGGACACAGCCAGACAUUUUUAUCCCGUGGACAUUUUGAAGAAAAAUCUGGAUGUCAUGGCGAUGAACAAAUUCAACGUCUUCCACUGGCAUAUCGUGGAUGCUCAGUCUUUUCCUUUCGAAAGUAAAACCUACCCAAACCUUACACUAAAGGGCGCGUACACUCCACGCCUAGUCUACAGACAGAGCGACGUGCGCGAGAUUAUCGAGUUGGCCAGACUUCGUGGCAUUAGGGUGUUGCCAGAGUUUGAUACACCUGGACAUGCGCACUCGUGGGGUAAAGGUCAUCCGGAACUGCUGACGUCAUGCUACAACAAAGGUCAGCCUGACCAGGCCGUGUACCCGCGACACGCAGAGAGGGAAAACUUUGACCCCACCAAAAACGAGACCUUCACCUUUCUGUCCAACUUCUUCGCUGAGGUCAAGUCAGUCUUUGUGGAUGAUUUUAUCCACAUGGGAAUGGAUGAGGCCCACUACAUGUGCUGGGAGUCGAGUCCAGUGAUCGCCAAGUUCAUGGCCGAACUCGGCAUUCCUGCAGGGAACUACAGCGGUCUGGAAUCUUACUUCAGCCAGAGACUGCUGGACAUCAUGGGUCAGAUGGGGAAGCGUGUCGUCAUAUGGGAGGACCCAGUCAACCAUGGCGCUAACAUCUCCCAUAGCGCCUGGGUCCAGGUCUGGAAGGACAGCAACCAGGCCCUGGAGACCACCCCACCCUGGCAGACCCACCUCCUACAGGCCGUCAGGCUCGGCUAUGACGUCAUCUUCUCCUCCUGCUGGUACCUGAAUAAGAUCGCCUACGGCCAGGACUGGAAGAAUUUUUACACCUGCGACCCGUACAACAUCGCAGACUCUGCCACUGCCGAAGAACUCAACAGGAUCCGGGGUGGGGAGGCGUGCACGUGGAGUGAGUACAUUGACGAGCACAGCCUGUUGUCAGUCAUUUGGCCGAGAGCUUCUGCCGUGGCUGAACGGUUGUGGAGUGACGUCACAGUGAACGACACAGAUGACGCGACGUUUCGAUUAGAUCAGCACCGGUGCCGGAUGGUGAGACUGGGAAUUCCCGCUCAGCCCAUACUGCCGGGCUACUGUCAAGACGACUACAACACGGACAACUCGGUCACUGUCCACGUCUACAGACCAGCACAGGAGCAGGUCCUAGAGCCCACUGGCCAAUGUGGCAACUCUGCGCUGGCAGUCAGCCAAUCAGAAGGCGUGUCUAUGUUGACGUUGUCAGCUAUUUUUCUAACGCGAAUCUUUUGUUUUAUUGGGUGAUUAAAAUUUUAUUAAUUGAUUUCGUGUUGAAAUUGUAGCUAAAUGUUUUACUUAAUCUACAGAAUAAAUGUCUUUAAAAUGCGUAAUUGAUUUUGUUUCCUUUGUUAUUUUA